UGGGUAGGUCCAAAGUCUCGAAAUUCUCCAUUGUUUCUACGUCACCCUCGGGGAUGGGCAAGUCACGUGGUACGACUUUCUUAACCUGCGGUUCUGGAAAAAAAUGGAAGAGAGCACAAACAACUUUUAAGAUGACUAUAGCCUUUAUUCCUUAUGGGAGACCAGGUACUAGGUUUGCUCACUGACCUGCAAGCCAAUGUAAGUCCUGCUGAGCACUGCCUGUGAAAGAGGGCCAAUCUCGUUCCCCAUGUCCUCAGGAGGAGGCUCCUGGGGGGGCGCUGAGCGUGACAGACAUGCCCCCCGUUAUGACCAGGUCUCCUCUGGCUCCCCACCUCGAAACCUCCGACGCCAGCGCUCCUCUGAGCUCGCCCUGAGCGCUGACCCCCUUCCCCCUCCGCCCUUGCCAGACCAGCCCCCCGUGGGCCUGGACUCGGGCGUUGAGUCCGCCCCGAGUGACGGCGAGUUGGCCGCUGACCCGGCACUGGACAUCAAGCCCGUGCACCGUUUCAUCCCCGACUCCUGGAAGAACUUCUUCCGGGGAAGCAACCGGAGCAGUAACAAGCUCUGGUCCAUGCCAUCGAACCGGAACAACAACAACGCCGGGAGCAACACGACCUCCAACGGCGUCCGCUGCUCCCCGCCGCACUCCCCCUCCAUCCCCGGCUCCUUCCGCGACCAAUACGGCGGCUCGGGCGGCAGCUACAACUCCCGCAAGGAGCGGGAGGCUAUGCUGGACGCAGAGCUGCCCGAGUCUCUAGACGGACGGACUGUGCGGACGGCGCACACGGGCUUGACCUACGGCGAGCGCGUGGAGGAGUACCACCUUCGCUACUCCUACAUGAAGUCGUGGGGGGGGCUGCUGCGCAUCCUCGGCUGUGUGGAGCUGCUGCUGGGUGCGGCAGUCUUCGCCUGCGUAUGUGCAUACAUCCACAAGGACAACGAGUGGCACAACAUGUUUGGAUUCUCCCAGCCAGGGAUGUAUGGAGGAUCCUAUGGAGGCUAUGGGGGCUCAGGGUAUGGCGGAUACUACUACACCGGGCCCAAAACUCCCUUUAUUCUGGUUGUGGCAGGAUUGGCUUGGUUGGUGACUGUGAUCUUACUUGUUAUGGGAAUGACCAUGUACUACCGCACCAUCCUGCUGGACUCAAACUGGUGGCCCUUGACAGAGUUUGUGAUUAACUUAGCCCUGGCACUACUUUACUUAGCAGCCGCAAUCGUGUAUGUGAACGACACACGAAGGGGUGGACUGUGCACUUAUCCCAUGUUCAAUACCCCCAUCAACGCACCAUUUUGCCGUGUUGAGUCUGGGCAGACAGCUGGCAUCAUUUUUCUUUUUGUCACCACAUUGGUGUACUUGAUUGGCGCCAUAGUGUGUCUCAAACUCUGGAGACAUGAGGCACGAAGGCUGCACAGGGAGAAGUAUGGGAAUGAGAUGAUGCCAAGGGAGACAGCUGAUGGAAGACUUCCGCAGGUUGUGAUGGCUGGCACAAGGGGCGCUGAACCCAUGCCAAUCUCGGAGAUGUCUAUCCAGGCUGAAGCAGCUGCUCCUGCUGCUCUCAAGCCCAAGGUUGUGAAGGGUCACAUCCCAUCUGGCCACAUCCCCAAGCCUGUGGUCAUGCCUGAUUACAUUGCUAAGUACCCCGGUAUUCGCACCGAUGAGGAGCGGGACCAGUACAGAGCUGUGUUUAAUGACCAGUAUGCAGAGUACAAGGAGCUGCAUGCUGACGUCCAGGUCACGCUCAAGAGGUUUGAUGAGAUGGACGCCAUGAUGCGGAAUCUCCCUCAGCAUGUCAACAGUCAAAUGGAACAUGAUCGUAUAAAUAAAAUUCUUCAUGAGUACCAGAGGAAGAAAAUGGAUCCAACGUUCCUGGAGAAGAAAGAGCGGUGUGAGUAUCUGAAGAACAAACUCGCCCAUAUCAAGCAGCGGAUCCAGGAAUAUGACAAGGUCAUGGAGUGGAACGACGGCUACAGAUGGUGCGACUUGUGCAGUGUUCGUCUAGGAAGUGUUAAAAAUAUUCUGUGUGCUGAGAAAUGUCCUCCAAACCAAAUGGGAGCCCACCUCCCUAUGAAUUGGAAAAUGAAUAGUAAGUUCUCCUUUUUCUGCAUAUCAAUGCUGCUUCUUCUCUUGACUUUUGCAAGCAAUGUGGCAUCACAGCCAGCUUAUUCCUACUAUGCCGACGAUGAGAUCCAGCACUUCUAUCGUUGGAACUCACCUCCAGGGAUCAUCAAGAUCAUGUCCAGCAUCGGCAUCAUCCUGUGUGUGGGCAUCUUUGCCUGUGUGGCCUCCACCCUGGCUUAUGACAACACCACUGCGCUUGGAGGAUUUGGGGGAUAUGGUGGUGGGGGAUAUGGUGGUGCAGGAUAUGGCAGUGGGACCUAUGGUGGUUCCUAUGGAGGAGGCGGAUUUGGUGGAGGUUACAACAGUGGGGGAUUCAACUAUGGAGGCAUAGACUACAACAACGACCCCAGGAAAGGAAAGGGCUUCAUGAUGGCAAUGGCAAUCAUCUGCUUCCUGGCCCUCCUGAUUAUGUUCAUCAUGGUCAUCUCCCACCAGCGUGUGUCCCAGGGCAGGAAGUUUUAUUUGGCCAUCAUCAUCGUCUCUGCCAUACUGGCCUUUCUCAUGUUCAUUGCGACCAUAGUGUAUCUAGUAGCGGUCAAUCCCAUGGCCCAGUCGUCCGGUUCGGUCCAGUAUACCCAAGUCCAGGCUUUGUGUGCUCAAUAUCAACAACCACAGCAAGUUGGGGUGUUCGUCAACCAGUAUCUGUACCACUAUUGUGUGGUGGAACCCGAGGAGGCCAUAGCCAUCGUGCUAGGAUUCAUUGUGACUACUGCACUGAUCAUCAUCCUGGUGUUCGCGGUGAAGACCCGGCAGAGGAUCAACGCUUAUGGGAAAGACAACAUUCUGUGGAGGCGGGUGAAGGUCGUCGAGGACCCCAAUGCUGUAGGAGAUGUGGAGGCAUGGGUAAAUGAUAUGUCUGCUGUUCCUGAGCCAGUGUUGAAUGCUUUCCCUGAGAAGUUUGGGGGGUCCAGAAAUUACCUAGAUGAGGACAACUCUGACUACAAGCCGCCAUACAGCGCCAGUCCAGUAGUUGCUGAGGAGAUCCCACUGCGCAGUGCUGCCCCCUACAGUAGUGGCUCGGAGAGACCCAGCUCCUCUGGAAGGCCCAAGAAGAAGCAAGGUGGUCGGCACGCAGAUGGUUACGAAACCGAUGGCUACAUGUCCUCUGGCGACGAGCUGGAUGCCGAUGAUUUCUCUAGCGAGUUCCCUCCCAUAGAGUACGAACACGAGAGGGACGAGUACAAGCGUGUGUUUGACGAUGACCAUCUGGAAUACAAAGACCUGCAAGCCGAGCUGGACGCAAUCAACAGGAAAAUGGCUGAGGUGGACCGUGAACUUGAUGACCUUCCAGAGGGGAGCCCCCAGUUCCUUGAUGCCAUGGAUGAGUACAAUGAACUGAAGAACAAAAAGAAGAGUUCAGACUACCAGUUGAAGAAGAAGCGAUGCAAGUAUCUGAAGUCCAAACUGAGUCACAUCAAGAAGAUGGUCAGCGACUUUGACCGAAGAGGGUAAAUUUAUCAUGGCACCAAAUGAGCCCUCUUGAAGUGGUUUCUCUUCCUCAGAGAAGACCAGUGGGAGGUCCUGUAUAAGGGUGAACCAUGUUGACCAGUUUGUGCACACCCUGUGGUCUCUCUCCAAAACGAGCAAAUGAGGUGAAUGGAUGGACCUUAUAUAUUAUAUAUAGUUAUAAUAUAGAUAUAGUGCUAAGAGUCCUCCACUCAACCAAAGAUAACCACACUGAUUUGCCAUGACAAGCGAUCUGUAUUUCAGAGAUCCAAGUGUUUUGUUUUUUUUGUUAAUUGUUGUUAGAUACUGUUAUUUUUCCCAUCAAUUCUGACCUCUUGAUUCUCAAUAAGCUUUUUGUAACUUGAAUACCGGUACUCACUAUUCUUUGUAAGCUUUUACUGGAGCCUAUGGAUUAAAUGUUUUUUGAAAUGGUUUAAUGGGAACUGAUAACUCCGAUGGUGAUUAUACAUGGAACUGUAAAAGGGCAUCAAGUCAAAACUGACAGGCUAAUACAAAAGGGGAUUUUGAUGGCUAACAAAUCAGUUAGCUAUGCACAGAAUCAUUUUCUUUUUGCAGCCAUCACUGCAGAAGCAAUCAUUUAUACUAAACAGUAUAAUAGACUAGACAUUCUUUGUUUUAACUAUAUUUAUAAAUAUGUAAAUGUAGGUUACAGAGAAGUGCUUUUUGAAACCAUGUUUUAAAUACUUUUACAAUACUGUACAGUGUGAGUUUUAAUGUAAUUAAUAUUUUUUUAGUUGUUCAAUUUGUGUCAAGAGUGAACAACAUGGAUUUGUACAUUUUUAUAUGUAAAUUUUAAUAAAAACCCUUAGGUUGAUUCAA